GAUUUUGGCUAAUUUGUCAGAGACGAAGCCGCUCACUCUCUGGACCUUGGCUCAGCCCGUACCGCCAUCUCUCAUUCGCAGACGGAAUGGCGACGGCGACGGGGCCAGCGGCGACGGGGCCGGCGGCGACGAGGAUGGCCUUGUUGGAACGCCAGAUGGCGGCAGUUGGGCGGGGAAUGUUUCCCGAUUUGCCAGAGUCAUGUCAGGUGUUGUGCAGCCCGCGUGCGACCGUCAUCUUGAUCGGCUCGGCACACGUUAGUCAAAAGUCGGUCGAUGAGGUUCUUCAAGUGAUACGAACCUACCGUCCUCCGGUGGUGGCUGUCGAACUGUGCAGGGAGCGGGCAGGCAUGUUAAAAAUGAAUUAUUCAGAUACCAGUGCACUGCAGCAAGCGGAGCCUGAUUUUGCCGAGAUUGUGCGGAUAGUACAGCAAGGUAAUUCAGCUACCAUAGCCCAGCUCUUCGUGCAGAGCCUCUACAGCUGGCUCGCCACCAAGCUCAAGAUCGAGGUGAUGCCCGAAUGUGAAAGCUAUGGUGGCUCUGUCGUGCUGCUUGAUCGCCCUGUCUCGGUGACCUUGAAUCGCACCAUGGGCAAUUUGACCUUUUGGGAUAAAGUGCGCUUCCUUUUUCUCACCAUUAGUGACUUGUGGUCGGAUUUGUCGCUGGAGGAUGUGGAGCGGAUGCGCAAGACGGACGUUGUCUCUCAAAUGAUUCAGGAGGUCACGGAGGCCUUUCCACGGCUUGCCCAGCCGCUGAUCGCCGAGCGCGACGCCUACAUUACGCAUGUGCUCAAUGCUGCCUGUAACUUUGCAUGCAUGAUGUGCCGCAACACGGAACAAUACCUGUUGGAGAACAUGAUGGGGCAGGUGACAUUUGCUGGUGUCGCUCGUGAUACUUUUGUUCUGCCUCGAGAGUCCAUGCGAUCGCCUUCCAAUGACCUGGUAGUCGCCGUGGUUGGUGCUGGGCAUGUCGAGGGGAUCAAGCGUCUCUGGUAUGCCCAAGAGGGAGGUGUACUGGAUGAUCAUGUCUGCGUGAAGCAGCUCAUGGCUCGCGGAGAGCAGCCGACCAGCGCCAUGAACGUCAUCUUUGUGAUUGACACCAGUGCCUCAAUGCACAAGCAAACACCUCACAACAUGAGCUGUCUGGACACGGCUCGUAUUGCCAUUCUCAAUUUUGUCAAGGCACGCAGUCAGACAAGUCACGGCCGUUAUGAGCGUUAUUCCCUUCUUAGCUAUGAACAGGGUUCGCAAGCGCUCAAGUGCUGGAAUCAGCCGCUGCCUGUCCUCGAGCUUUGCCUGCAAGAGCUGAGCUAUACCGACUGCACCUCCCCCACAGAAGCCUUGUUCACUGCCUUCCGCCUCUUGCACGUUACGCGCAUGCCAAAGGAUUGUGACACCUACGGACAGGGUCGCCAACCAUGGAACCUGCUGCCGGCGGUGAUCAUCCACGUGAGCGAUGGCGGUGGGCUGACCACAGCUCAGGGGCCCGUGGCCGAGCCCGUGUUACCUGCACCCGACGCUUCUUGUGGCAUGGAUCUUACGGUCGAGCCCUUUCGUUGGGAUGUUCACCUCUACAGCAUCAAUUUGAACAUUUCCGUCGCGAGCACCGUGCGCAAUCGCGAUCGACCCGAGCGCAACCUUCACGACCCCCUGCGUGACUUAUGCAAUGCCACAGGCGGCGAAGCCUUCAACGCCCUCACCCUCAAGGGUCUAUCACACAGCCUGGAUCACCUGGGUGGUCGUCUCAUUCCUUCUAUCAUCGUCAAUUUACAAGCCAAACAGCUUGUCAAUCUUCUUGUGGCACAACCAAGACUGACAAAACUCACACGCGACUUGGCCCUGCAUCCCCGCCAGUCCAAAUCGGCGCCCUCAAACAUGCCCUCUGAGGCACGGCAGCGUAUCUGGGUGCGCCCUGAUGUCACGGGCAAGCUCCAUGGUACUUGGAUGAUUCCCGAGGACUAUGCCCCCGAGCGCGGCCAAAGGUUGCGCGCACGCAGCGCUUUUCCAAUUCUGAUUGUUGAGCCGCAUCCCCAGGCACCCAUCGUUGUCCAGGGCUUGCCCUUUGACAAGUACGAGCUCGAAGCUUCGGCUCUCACCAAGUGGAUCCUAUCGCACAAGAGCACCAACAUUUGUUUCCACUGCCGCAUCAAGCAAACGCUGUCAGGGCCCGAGGGCGCUCCCGACAAGACGGUUCUCUCACCUCCUUUUGCAUAUCUCAAGCCUGCCUCAACGCGCAAGACGGUCAACCUAGUCGUGCUUCCCAUGAACUUUCCAGCCCUCGAUGCCCUGAUGCGGCAGCACAAAGCGAGCGGCGCCUCGAUCGAGUGGCAGGAGCAUUUGCAGACGUUUGCUGCGCAAGUGCCGUACUACUAUCACCAGCCUUUGCGUGCAGAAAUGUGCUCCAAAGUGGACCCAGCUGCUUCGCGGUGGCUGAGCGUCGAUAAAUUCCCUGGCCGCCUACCCUCAGCCAUUGCCAACACCGUCAACCGGCACAAGACGCAAUGCCGCAACGAGAUGAUGAAAAUCUUCAACAAGCUCCAGACCGAUCAGGCGGCCCAACAGCUUCACCAAAGCACGUUGCAAACGGGGGCGCAGCUUCGAGACGGGGCCACCGUGGAUGGGCCUUCAGCUGGCAACGGCCGGGAUGGUCGUCGGGAUGGUGGUCGCAGCAGCAAGCAGUGGGGCCCCCAGGAUGCAGACAGUGCCAGCUCUCCCUCUUUUGAGAUUGUGACCGGUGUUCAUACCUUUCAGAAACGUACUCUGGACCCAUUGCUUCGAGGACAUGACACGCGUCGGCCCACGUUGCUGGCGACUAUUUUCGAGGCACGUCGCCUGUUGAGCGGGCAGCUGCCCGAGGGACCGCGUCGACCUGAUUCUUUCGACGUGAGCAUUGCGGCCAUGAGCAACUUCACAGAGGCUCUGCACCGACGCGCGCGAAGCGAGCUGCGAUCACCUCUGCCUGAUGAAGAAGUGAGUGAUGUACCACCCCUUUUUGGCAACCCCUAUCGGCGCAAGAGCCAACAACACACAAUGGUGGUGGACGAGGCCGAGGCGGCGCCUGCGGAAAUUGCCAAGAUGGGCUCCGAUCAGUCGCGCGAUAGCACCGUCAUUGGUCGCAGUACUCUGACGGGAGCUGCGGGGAGCAAAUCGCCUCGCUCGGCUGCCCGCGAGAAGCGGGGUGCGGAAAAACGACCACCAAGUGGCGGAGAGGAGGGUCGUCCCGACCGCAAACGACCGACAGAGGGCUCCUCCAGCCACAGUAAUGGAGCCAGCAACGGUGCUGGCUCAGCCAACACUUCGGCGCUGCCUUCUAGUGGCAGCGGGAAUGCCGGGGCCAACUUGAGCGCAAACAAGAGCGGACUUGUGCACCCAACGCCUCAAAUGGCCUCUGCCACAACAUCCGUGCCCAAUGGCCCUGGUGGGGGCAGUGGCGCCGGCUUGUCAACAGACUCGAACGCAGCGUCACUGAUGGCUUCGCUCAUGAACAGCAAGGCCGCCGAAUCGCGAGCCAACUCAAGUCGCUCCACCCUACUGGGAAGCACCUCUCGCAAGACGAUCAAACGUCCCGCCAGCGAUGGGAGCGACGCAAGCAGCACGAGCAGUAUGAGCGGGCCUACACCUGCCAAAACGAGCAAGAACGCCAAAGGCAGCAAAAAUGGGUCUGGCACGGUGCCUUCGGGCGCUCAUGCCGCGGGCAGCGCAGGCUCGGGUAAUGGCAGUGGCGCAGCGCUUGCGAGCGGUGCUUCGGGAGCAGGAUCGAGUGACGAGACCCUGGCCUCUGGUACUGCAGGUCAUGACGCUGGUGCGGGCGCAACAGGAGCGAGUAGUGGAGCAACAGGCUCAGGAGCCCCGGCGGCCGGCAGCUCGAGUAGCGGUGGGACGGCAGAUGGCGGUUUGCGGCAGCAGUGCAUGCGGUUGAUUCGCGAAGGUUGCUCAUUGGCGCAGCUGCAGGGCAUGUUGCACGACCUGCCCUCUGAUGAGCAACGACGUGCGUCGCUGCUCAAACAGCUGCGUUCCCAGGCUGUACGCUUCAAACAACUCGAGUUGCGGGAUUGGCUGAUGACGCUGUCCUGA